AUGUCAGAAUCAUCUUUUUUAGCUCCACAACAUCAAAUUAAAGGUCAAGUUGCAAUCAUAACUGGUGGUACCAAAAAUUUAGGUGGUGAAACAGCAAAAGAAUUAGCAAGAUUAGGAAGUAAUUUAUUUUUACAUUAUAGAUCAGAUCAAAAACAAGCUGAAGAUUUUAAACAAGAAUUAAAUAAAAAAUAUCCCGAAGUAACUAUUGAAUUAUAUCAAGGUGAUUUAAGUGAUGAUGAAAGUUUAAAAAAAUUGUAUAGUGAAGCUAAAUCUAAAUUUCCAAAGGGUAUUGAUAUUGCUAUAAACAAUGUUGGACAAGUUAUCAAAAAACCAAUUAUUGAAAUUUCAGAACAAGAAUUUGAUUCAUUAGAUGAUAAAAAUAACAAGAUUGCAUUCUUCUUUAUUAAAAAUGCAGGUUUAAAUUUAAAUAAUAAUGGUAGAAUUAUAUCAAUUGGAACUUCAUUAUUAGCAGCAUAUACUGAAUUAUACGGAGGUUAUCAAGGAACAAAAGCACCUUUAGAAUUUUAUUCAAAAGCUGCUUCAAAAGAAUUAUUACCAAAAGGAAUUACUUCAAAUAUAGUUAGUCCUGGACCAAUGGAAACUUCCUUUUUAUUAAAUUCAGAACCAAAACAAGCAGUUGAAUAUUUUAAAACUGUUGCUUUACAUCAAAGAUUAACUCAAGUUAGUGAUAUUGUUCCAAUUAUUAGAUUCUUGGUUACUGAAGGUACUUGGAUUACUGGUCAAAAUAUCUUUGCAAAUGGUGGAUUUACUUCACCAAAAUAA